AAUGAUUUUGUGGCCUAUUUUACUGUUUCCCUAAUCAAUGCUUACUGUGUCCAUUGGAUAAUCUACCAUGUCCAUGAUGUCAUACCAGUACAGAAUUCUUAGGAAGAAAAUUAGUCUCUUCCUUUUCAGAUCACUAAAGGGAAUUCCUAGUUCAGAUUCUGAAUUUGUGUAUUAAUGUUCCUUUUCAUGUAAAUUGGUAUAAGACCUAAGCCGAGAGAGAAUGACAAUGUGAAUGAGAACCACUUAUGCUAUUGUGAAAAAAAGUUAAGAAGAUAGGGUUCCCAAGUCCUGAAACUCAGCUAGCAUACUAGCAAUGUAGGCUAAAGAUGCAGGGCCAUUUUUCAAGUGCUGUAGUACCAAGGUAGGAAGUCAGAACCCAAAAGAGAAGAAAGGGGAUGUACAAGGAAUUAUAACUCCACUGCUUACCUUGAUGAGUAUACUGAGAUAUUCAAGAUGGAUAGCAACAGUACCAGCAAUGACUGCAGUGCUACUAAUGUGACAUUUCAGAACUCCCUCUAUGCAGGCACCUACAUCCUCAUAUUCAUCCCUGGUCUUCUGGCCAACAGUGCAGCCUUGUGGGUUCUGUGCCGCUUCAUCAGCAAAAAAAAUAAAGCCAUCAUUUUCAUGAUCAACCUCUCCGUGGCUGAUCUUGCUCAUGUACUGUCCUUACCCCUCCGGAUUUACUAUUACAUCAGCCACCACUGGCCCUUCCAGAAGGCCCUUUGCCUACUGUGCUUCUACCUGAAGUAUCUCAACAUGUAUGCAAGCAUUUGUUUCCUGACGUGCAUCAGCCUUCAGAGAUGUUUCUUUCUCCUCAAGCCCUUUAGGGCCAGAAACUGGAAACGUAGGUAUGAUGUGGGCAUCAGUGCUGCCAUCUGGAUCAUCGUGGGAACUGCCUGCUUGCCAUUUCCCCUUCUGAGAAGCACCUACUUAGGCAACAAAACUGAGUCCUGUUUUGCUGAUCUUGGUUAUAAGAAAAUGAAUGCAGUGGCUUUGGUUGGAAUGAUUACAGUUGCUGAGCUGGCAGGAUUUGUUGUCCCAGUGGUUAUCAUCGCAUGGUGUACUUGGAAAACUAUUAUAUCCCUGAGACAGCCACCAGUGGCUUUCCAAGGAAUCAGUGAGCGGCAGAAAGCACUGCGGAUGGUUUUUAUGUGUGCUGCAGUCUUUUUCAUCUGCUUCACUCCUUACCAUAUUAACUUUAUUUUUUACACUAUGGUGAAGGAAACCAUCAUUAGUAGUUGUCCCAUUGUCCAAAGCACACUUUAUUUCCACCCUUUUUGUCUGUGCCUUGCCAGUCUCUGCUGUCUUUUGGAUCCAAUUCUCUAUUAUUUCAUGGCCUCAGAGUUCCGUGACCAGCUAUCUCGCCAUGGAAGCUCUGUGAUCCGUUCCCGCCUUAUGAGCAGAGAGAGUGGUUCAUCAAUGGUUAGCUAAACAUAAAAUAACUCUUCAAUUAUGAACUUAACUAGGUUUCCUAGCUUUUCCCAAAGGCCAGAAUGACCAAUUU